UUCCUUCAACCAUCUUAAUUAAUCUAUAAAAACCAUUUUUUUUUUCUUCUUUCAUUCUUCUUAAAUAUAUUCAUUCAUUCCCUCUCCUUUUCCUUCUACCUCCAUACUUUCAGAUAACUUUCUUUACUUCUCUCAUUCUCCUCUGACAACCCCAUUUCCUCUCCUUCACCUUCUUCUCUCUUCUCUCUUCUCUCUUCUCAUUUCUUUCUUUCUUCUUCCACUUUCCUUAAACCUCGCUAAUUAACACCAAAUAACAUUCAUUUCUGACACAACCUCAUUCCAUUAAUUCACAAUGUCCUCCAGAAGAUCUCGUUCCAGACAAUCCGGUGCUUCCGCUGAGAUCACGGAUGCGCAAAUCACCGAUCUCGUUUCCAAGUUGCAACAACUUAUCCCCGAGCUUCGCGCCAGGCUCUCCGACAAGGUUUCGGCUGCGAAGGUAUUGCAGGAGACAUGCAACUAUAUAAAGAACUUGCACAGAGAGGUUGACGAUCUAAGCGAUCGAUUAUCAGAGCUUCUGGCUAACACAGACUCCAACAGUGCUCAAGCAGCCAUUAUUAGGAGCUUACUUAUGUAGUAGUCUAGUCUAGAGCAUUUAUUUGUGUCGUGUGCAUGUCCAUGUCUCUCUCACUCUCUCACUCUCUCUUCUUCUGGGUAGGGUUUGGUUUGUACUUUCUAGACACCAACGCCAAACACUACUACCAUCGGAUCCAUGUGAAGCAGUUGUUCAUUAGUUUUAAUUAUGUCGCGCUUUCUAGUAGUAACCAGCUUCUGUGGCUGUAAAUAAAAUGGACUACAUCAUGAGUUCUAAUUAUUUUGCCAUUGUAUCAGAUAUGAAAUAUGAAAUAUGAAAUGAAACACAUAACUUUUGUUUCGCGGCGCAAA